GAGAGAGAGAGAGAGAGAGAGAGAGAGAGAUGAAGCAGACGAACCCAGCUCGAAUGAAGAAGCCCGACGCUCCUUUCAGCGGACGCGAUUCGCAGGAAAAAUCCGAUUCUUUUUCGCUUGAUACGUUGCGCGCGGAGCCUCCCGAUAUCGGGAAAUGGUUCGCUAGCUAUGUCUACGAAUCGCCUUCACUGGGUACGGACGAGGGCUUUCUGGGUUCUCUUCUUGACGAGAGUGAACGCGAGAGCAGCGGGUGUGCUGUUGACGAUAGGAGAAAAGGAGGAGGAGGCGGAGGAGAAGCGGCUUCGCGAGGCUCGAAUUGCGUCGGAGGCAGAUACCCAGUGGGCGCUCUUGAGUUCACCAGUAAUUUCGGGAGCAAUGAGCAUGAAGAAGAGCCUCCAACAGAGGUUCGAGAUUCCUUGGAGUCAUCUUUGCAAAUUUCAGAACCUCCUGAUGUCAGAGAAUGGUUUUCGAGCUACGUGUAUGAGUCGCCCGAGUUGUGUGAACACGGCAGAGAAUUUGUCUCCAUAGAAAGUGAAUGCGAGAAAGAAGGGUCUGUUACUGGGGAGAGCAAGAAAGAGCAUGAAAAUUCAGGGGAAGUUACCAAAGUGAAUAAUGGUGAUGUUGCCGGUGCCCGUGAGGUACCACACACCAAUGGACUUGUGUAUAAUGGUGGUGGCUCAUUCGCGGAUCAGGAUUGCGAAAAUCAAACUCUGACCAAGAUAGUAGAUUCCAUGAGCCCACCUUUUCUACUCUCUGAGCCUCCUGACAUAACAAAUUGGUUCUCAAGCUAUGUCUACGAAUCUCCAGAAUUAAGCACAUUCCCAGGAUCUCCUGUUGAGGAAAUUGGUGAUGGGAAAGAUGAUUUGAUUCUUAGAAAGGUUAUUGGAGAAAAAGAAGACAAUCAGCAUAACUCUUCAGGUAAUAGAAUAGAUGGUGGCACGGGUAUCAAUGAACGGUCAAACUCUGCCCUCUGUAGCAGCUCUCAUGAAGAUCUCGAGCAUGAAUAUCAGCACACUGAGGAUGAGGUUGGCAAUACAUCUAAAGAGGACAAACAUCUUUUACCUCAGAUUCCUUGCCCUAAAAUUAUUGAUGGAAGGAUGGACUGUAAAGCUUUGCUAAACAAUGAUCGGGAUUGUAAAAGUAAGAGGCCGAAGCAACUUCAUUCUGAAGAAGCCAUCCGUUUUCACUCCAAUAUCAAUGAGAACUCAAGCAAUGGUAAAAGAAAAGCUCGUAGAGAGUUGAUUGGAAGAGUUGAAGAGGGCUCAAGAGUGAAGGCCCAGAGUAGGGAAGUUGCUCACACCCUGCUUGAAGGCGAUUUGGGCUCAUCUCCAGUUGAUCAAGCUUCAAUGAGAAGAUCAACUCACGGAAGUCAUGACAAAGAAAACAAUCGAACAGAUAAUGACAGCACUGAUUUUGUUUCCAUAAGGAGGAAGGAAACUACAAGUGCAAGUGAUGAAUUGACGAGGCCGCGGAGGGCUUUGCACCAGUGCUUACAUGCUAGAGGAAAUGUUUCGUCAGCUGCUAUAGAGGACGAAGCCAAGAUGAAGCCAUUAUCGGAAAUAACUAAUUUCCAGAGCAAUUUUGAUGUGCAGGAGUCCGCUGGGAAAUGGAAAUGUCCUCAGAAAAGAAAACCCAUUCUUGGACCCCCAAUGAAGCAGCUGAGACUAGAACGAUGGGUCAAUAGGAUCUGAAUACAGUAUUCAUAAAGUGGCGUAGAGAAAUUUGAUAUUCAAUGCCAGAGAAUUCAUAAUGAAAAAUGUGUUGACUACUUUCUCCACAUCACAAGACAAUGGCUUACCUUAACAAUUCGUAGCUUUGCGUUCUUGAAUUCUAUUAUUUGUAUGACCCAGAUCGGAAUUGUUGGAGUGAUUAUCGCCCUCUGAACAUCUUGGGCUCAAGCACACUAUCUUCUCCUUUCCUAUUCCCCAGUGAGUAAGCCAUGUUUCAGCCUUCAAGAACUUGGUUUCCUGAAAAUGUUGGGGGCAUUCUGAGGUUGCAUCUGAUACGGAGGAGAUGUAACCGGAUUCAGAAUCCAUGAAAUCGUUGACAGUGGUAUAUAAAGCAUCAAGGAGAAGUCUUCAUUGUGAAAAUCAGGUGGAUUUGUUUCUGUACUACUCUUUUCAUCUCCUCUUAUUGAACAAGAGUAAUUGCACUUAACUGUGUAAAUUUUGAAUGCAAGUUGAAGCACCA